GAAAGCACGACGUUCACGACGACGAUGUCUUCCACCGUCAAACAAGAGUCCAAAGUCUCUUUUACAAUCCGUCGCCCAACCCCUUCUUCCUCUCGUGCCACGUCCACCGGCCCUGACAGCGACGCAGCAGCGACUUCGCCUCAUGCAUCAGCGCCGUCGUUCAAGAUUCCUGCCUUGCCUCGUCAUUUGACGGAUCAAGGUGCCGGCUCGAGGUCAGGAAGUAACAGCCCGAAGCCGAGAGCGCGUACUUAUGAAGAGAGAGGAGAGGAGAGCGAUAGCAGUGAGGAGGAAAGGAUGGAAGACGAGCUCGUGACUGGGUUUGAUCAAUUUGGGGUACAGCGAGCCAACGGCGAACGCCUCAAACCUGCCGCGCCCCUCGUCAUUCCCUCCCUCGCCAACAAAGAUUGGCGCGCCCUCGCCCGCCAGCGUCGCGGCAUCAAACAACCCACCUACGUCCCUCCCAGCGCGGCAGCCAUGACUGGCGCCGAUGGGUCCCAGGGGGGACUAGGCACGAAGGACACCAUCAAUUCGGGACCUGAGUUGAGAGGUUUACAAGUCCGGAAGAAGGUCAAGUUGGAGAAGAUUGAACCCGGGGAGGAGGGGGACGUGAAGAUGGAGGAGGAAACGAGCACGACGGUGGAAGUCAAGGCGGAGGAAGAAGUGAAGGUCGAGCCAGAGACGGAAGAUCAGCGCGCCAUUCGUCUUCUCCUUUCAGGCCAAGACGCAUCCUCCGAGCCCACAAUCGACGUCAUCCCAACCCCGGUCUCCGAAACCGAAGCCUUCCAGCAAGACAUGCAGAUCCUUCCCGAAUCCGCCACUAUGGCAGACUACGAGCGCGUUCCGGUCUCUCAGUUCGGUGCGGCGCUGUUACGUGGAAUGGGAUGGACGCCGGACGGGCCGGCGGGGAAGGGCAAACAUUUGAAGGGUAAGAAGGCGAUGGAGCCGUACUUGCCGAGUGCGAGGCCUGCGCUGUUGGGUAUUGGAGCGAAGGAGAAGGAGGUGCUCGAUGAUGGGGAUCCGAGGAAGAAGAAGAUGGGGAGGCCGGAGAAGCGGUAUGUACCCGUCAUAAAGCGGGAGGGAGAUGAUGUGAGGACGAAUAGGAGUGGGAGUGGGAGUCGAUCGAGAAGAGAGUCACCGGAGAGGAAUGAGAGGAGGAGCGAGACCGAGAGGCCAAGGGAUAGGGAUCGGGAUAGGGAGCGGAGUUAUGAGGAUAAGAACAGGGACGGAGAGUGGAGGAAGGAGAAGGGAAAGGAGAGGGAUUACGACGACCGAAGACGAGAUGGUAGGGACGGGGACUAUGACCGCCGGAGGAAGGACGAUGUUAGGGACAGAGGAAGGACGAUGUUAGGGACAGAGGAAGGGACAUAGAUGCAGAUCGCGACCGAGAUAGGCGUAGCUCGAGGAAGGACGGUGACUACGAGGACAGGCAUCGCCGAAGAGACCGCGACCGUGACGAAUCGAGGAGCUCGAGGAGGAGGGAUUGAAAGGUUCAUCUGCUCUGCGACCGUGGGUGUGGUGUGGAUGUGUGGUAUCUCCUUUUCGUUCUUGUGGACGAAAUGCAUGGCUGAAACUUGGUCCAUAGUGUUUGAACCCCAUCUGACUGCAACGACUUGUCUUCAUGUUCCCUCCAGAAGAUCUCUGACUACAAAUGGC